AUGGAACUUAAUUGUACCUUUAAGGGAUUGCCUCGUCCUCGUGUUGCUUGGUACAAACCAGAUAGUAAACUAAUCAUCAACGGAUCUGAAAGCUUUUAUCUCUACGAGCAGCUGUUUGGAGAGGACACCUUAUCUUCUGUUCUUCGAAAUCCUAAUAUCCAAGAAAAACACGCAGGGGAUUAUAAAUGCACAGGAAUGAACAACAUUACUGGAUGGUCGAGUGAAAACACUGGGAUAAUUGAAAUGCGUUAUCGUUGUAAGUGAUCUGAUUACUUUAAAUAAGGCCACUAAUAAAUUGGGGUGAGUAAAACCAGCUAAAUUGCUGUACCAGUUUUAACUGUUACGUAGACCCCUUUUUCCAAUCAGGGCCGGGUUGUUCAAACCACCGUUUUUUUUUUAAACAGAAGAAAUUUCAUCCGUUGGCGCUAAUCGGCCCUCGAACAACUAGAUCCAGGUUUAUAAAUAGGUACCAGAAACAUAACGUUGGGGUUGUCCUGUUGCAAUGAACAGACAUCCCAUCCACAUGGAAUUAAAUAUUGGGUGCUUCAUGUUUUAAAAGCAGCUUCUGAUCUCCACUAACACGAGACAUCCAGAGUGAAAUGAUUAUAAAGGAUAAACCAGUCGGUCACCUGAGGCAGAUGUAUCCUAGCUACAUCAAUGAUAUACUUGCCAAAUACUAUUACGUGUUCUAGGUAAGAGCGAUUGUACGACCAGAUACGAAAAACCACUAAACAAAGCUACCCUUAAAAAGUGGACAAAAAAUGUUUGGAAACUAUUCCCCUAG